GGGCCACCUGAACAAGUCAAGGAUGCGUCGAGCCGCGACAUCCCCAACCUCAUCGUCGUCGUCACCAGUGACAGACGAUCAUCCUAUGGCCACCAACGCCACCAACGUACAAAAAUCUAAACAUGACCACACCCGGCAAGCCAGCAUCCUGUCCAUGCGUCGGUACUACGCCAAGAAUCGCGAUAAAGAGCUACUACGGUUCAAAGAGUACUACCAAAAGAACAAAGACCGCAUCCGGGCUUACAAGAAGCGAGCUCGGGAGCAGACCAAGCGGGUCGACAAAGCAGAAGCCACUCAAUCGUCUCCACCACACAGGAACCAUCACCUCCACGACCUGUUGUCGCCAGCAGAGAUGACCCACACAACCCACGGAUCAUCGCCACAAGCCAAGCUAACCAUGUCAUUUUUAUUGAAUUGAAGUCGUGUAUUUCACGUG